AUGAUCAAUUUAGCUGACCUGAUGUGGAAGAACACGGUGGCCCAGAGACAGAAAGGCAGGCAGCAGGAUCUAGAGAUGGGGCGAUUUGGCGCUCUGCUCUUCUCGCCGCCCAGAGCCUCAGACUUGCUACUGGAUACUGCCCGGCAGGCCUCCGGACUCCGCGCUGGGCUGCGGCGGCCGCACGUAGGUCUCCGGCUACAGGAGCGCCCCGGACCUGAGACCAGAGGGUUCGCGCUGCUGCAGGGAGGCGGCGGGAGUAGCGUGGGACCUCGGCGCGCCCCGGCCUUGCGAGGAUGGGUUUUCCGUCGUGCUACAGUUAUGCCCGUCCUGUGGAGGGUCUUUCCAUUGCUCCAGACAGAAGAAAAUCAGGGUGUGGAUGCUGACAAGGUGCUCGGGUUGCCGGACAUCGCGUCCUUCCUGAACGUGGUGGACGAAGUGCUCCCAUCUGUCACUGAGCCCCUUCCUUACCUCUGGUGUCUUUCCUGGAAAGGAAUCGUGUGCAUCUUUUUCCUGCCAUUUAUCUUCUCAGGUUUCACUCUGAAAAAAUCUAAAGAGCAUCUUAUAUCCGGAGAAGUGAAGCCGCAGCUGACCCAGAACAGGUUUAAUUGGUCUCAUCUGACCCCUUUUGAGCUGAAGAACAGAUCUGUGGGACUUCAGGCUGAAAGCAGAGCUGAGAGUACCCCAUACUUCACGCUAGGAGGGCACAAGUUCCGGAUCUUUGGGGGCUCCAUUCACUAUUUCCGGGUACCCAGGGAGUACUGGAGGGACCGCCUCUUGAAGCUAAAGGCCUGUGGCUUCAACACUGUCACCACCUACGUUCCCUGGAACCUCCAUGAGCCACAAAGAGGCGCAUUUGACUUUUCUGAGAACCUGGACCUGGAGGCCUUUGUCCUGAUGGCUGCAGAGAUUGGGCUGUGGGUGAUUCUGCGUCCAGGUCCCUACAUCUGCAGUGAGAUCGACCUUGGGGGCUUGCCCAGCUGGUUACUGCAGGACUCCAACGUGAGACUGAGAACAACCGACCAGGGCUUUGUUGAAGCAGUUGAUAAAUAUUUUGAUCAUCUGAUUGCUAGAGUGGUUCCUCUCCAGUACCGCCAGGGAGGCCCCAUCAUCGCAGUGCAAGUGGAGAACGAAUAUGGUUCAUUCGAUAAGGAUAAAUAUUACAUGCCUUAUAUUCAACAGGCCCUGCUGAAACGAGGAAUUGUGGAGCUGCUCUUGACCUCAGAUGCUAAGACAGAAGUGCUGAAAGGCUACAUAAAAGGAGUGUUGGCUGCCAUCAAUAUAGAAAAAUUUCAGAAUGAUGCUUUUGAGCCCCUUUAUAAUAUACAGAAAAAUAAGCCCAUUUUGGUUAUGGAAUACUGGGUCGGCUGGUUUGAUAAAUGGGGAGAUGAACACAAUGUUAAAGAUGCACAGGAUGUUGAAAAUACUGUGUCUGAAUUUAUUAAAUUUGAGAUCUCCUUCAACGUAUAUAUGUUCCAUGGUGGAACCAACUUUGGUUUCAUAAAUGGGGCCACAAAUUUUGGGAAGCACAAAAGCAUUGCCACUAGCUAUGACUAUGAUGCUGUGCUGACAGAAGCUGGGGAUUACACAGAAAAAUAUUUCAAGCUUCGAAAACUCUUUGGAUCUGUCUUAGCAUUACCCCUGCCCCACUUACCUGAGCUCACUCCCAAGGCUGUGUAUCCUUCUAUGAGACCGUCCUUUCACUUGCCACUGUGGGAUGUCCUACAGUACUUAAAUGAGCCAGUCAUAUCUGAUAAACCAAUCAAUAUGGAGAAUCUUCCCAUAAACAGUGGGAACGGUCAGUCCUAUGGAUUCAUACUGUAUGAGACUGUCAUCUGUUCUGGAGGUGAGCUCCAUGCUGAUGUUCAAGAUACAGCACAGGUGUUUUUGAAUGAUACCAGUAUAGGAAUUCUGGAUGAUGCUGAUCAGUACUUGAACAUUCCUAAAGUCAGGGGAUGUCAACGUCUAAGGAUCCUGGUGGAGAAUCAAGGACGAGUUAAUUUCUCAUGGAAAAUCCAAGAUCAGCGGAAAGGAUUAACUGGAUCUGUUACCAUCAAUAAUACCCCCCUGGAGGGUUACACUAUCUAUUCUCUGGAAAUGAAAAUGAGCUUCUUUGAGAGGCUCCGCUCUGCCACAUGGAGGCCUUUCCGAAGUAGUUAUCUGGGCCCUGCCUUCUACAUUUGUACCUUGAGGGCUGGCUCUUCUCCCAAGGACACCUUUCUGAGAUUACUGGACUGGAAUAAUGGAUUUGUGUUCAUCAAUGGACGUAACCUUGGGCGAUAUUGGUAUAUUGGACCACAGGAAACACUUUACCUUCCUGGUACCUGGCUUCAUCCAGGAGACAAUGAGAUCAUCCUGUUUGAGAAAAGGAAAAGUGGUUCAUACAUCCAAACUAGUAUAAAACCAAGCUUUAAGAUUGUGUUAUAA